CAACGAGUUGCGACGCAGCCAUGGUUGCGGCUGUUUACGACACUGCUUUACGACCCUGCCCAUAGCUCCUUUUGCGCACUGCUUCGAAAUGGCUUCGUCGUUCUGGAAAGGGGUAGUCGGUGUCGGACUUUUUGCUUUAGCUCACGCAGCUUUCUCGGCGGCACAGCAUCGGUCAUAUAUGCGGCUUACAGAGAAGGAGCAUGAAACGCUACCAAUUGACAUUGUGUUGCAGACCUUAUUAUCGUUUGUGAUGACCUGCUACGGGAUCGUCCACAUCGCUGGAGAGUUCAAGGACAUGGACGCUUCCUCAGAGCUUAAAAACAAAACAUUCGAUACGCUGAGGAACCACCCGUCGUUUUACCUUUUCAACCAUCGAGGGCGAGUUUUAUUUCGCACGCCGGAGGAGGAGCCCUCCUCCGUACACAACCAGCAGGCUCUCCCCAACCCCAUCAGGCUACGCAAGCUGGAGCAUUUGCACUGAAACGGGCCUUCCCCCGGCCCGGAGCACCGUCGUCGCCCAUAAGGGGUUUGGUUUUUGUCUGAAAAGGUGGGGCGGACUGAGAAAUGACCUUCUUCCACUUUUGUUUUAUUUAUAAGUAAACUAACCUGCUGUUCAAACACACCUCUGUCCAUAAAGUGGCUCCCAUCAUAUCCAACACUGACUGUGCCAACUCUUCUAUUGUUCAAGCUCAUUUGUUUAUAUAUAUGAUAAAUAACUGCUUUGGAGUCUUAAGAUACUUACCUACACCUUUUUGUCCCUUCAAUACUAAAUCAAUUUGUUGCUGUUUGUAGAAUUUUUUUUAUUUGAAUCAGGUUUAACAAAACCAGUUUUUGUUACUGCUCCAUUUGAACCACAUCAUUCUUCAGCAGCAGCAGCCAGAUUUAUUUCAUGAAUUGAAAACUUUUUGUUUCCUCAACGAUUUCCUGGAAACAGACUCUACAUCCUGUUUACAGGAAAAGUUAUUUUUUUAUUUGUCUCGUGUUCCAGAAGAUCAGGAAAAUAUUAGAGCUGAGAUGAAUGUGAACUCUAAAGUGAAGCUGAAUUAAUCCUACGUUUGUUUCAUUUCUGCCUCCGUUUUACAUUUACAAGGUUUGACAGAAUGUUUUUAAUUUAAUAAAAUUAAUAAUUUUACAGAG